GCGGGUUUCUCUUGCAGUCACCUCCCCAAUUCGAAUUUUGGCGCGCAAGAGGCAUUCUGCUAGUUUUCGGCGCGCCAACUCUUCAACUUGGCAACACUGUCCGACUGUGUUGUGUGCUGCCGACAUUAGACAACAACAUUAAAUUGACUGGUGUUGAUGUCUACGAGUUAGGCCCCAGGCCUGCGGGGGGCGCUAAAUUGACCGGUGAGGUUUAGACGUUUAGGCACAGAGAGUGCCAUUUUACAAAGUUGACGACUUCCUCUUAAAAAGUGUAAGCUGAUUGUUGAAGGACAUGGCUAACUACUCUCCUCAACACCGUAAUGAAAGUCCUGGUGGUCCAGGGCACUGGCAACAGUCAGUCAACCACCUGCAACCAGCAGAAGGACCCAUUCAUAACAGCAAUGGCGCAUCUAAUGGCACCUCUUUCCAGCGACAAGAACAGCCAGGGUCUGUGAUCACCCGAAUGGCACCCUAUGGUGGUACGCCUUGGACUUACAAUGCAGAACACAUUCGGAUUCCAGCUGCUCCAGAACCUGUUAGUUAUUCAACUCAGACUGGGUAUCCAACUGAUGAACAAGGACAAAGAUUAGCUCAACCACGAAUCUGGAAUGUUGUGAAGGAUGAACCUGAAGAUCUUACUGGACGGCACAGAGAAAGCAAGACCCUUCAAGACACUCUGCAAAGAAGUUCUGAUGCUCAAACGACUACCGGAGAGUCUGAUUCGGAGAGUGAUAGUGACCUUUGCAUUGAUGAACAGACACGAGCUGCAGCAGGAGGUCCUCGUAAGCGAAAGAAUGUUGUUCCUGCAAACGUCCUGCAUGAUGUAACUCCUGCAGAACUUCAGAAGCGACCAGGUCUCAUUCCACUAACAUCAAACUUGGCUGGGCCUGUUCAAGUUAUGACAGCAAAGGACGGUGCUAAAUUGUAUUCGUGCCCAGAGUGCAAUCUAUUUUACGCAGACCAUCUUGCCUUUGAGAUUCACCUGCAAGCUCAUGGAGUGUCUCUGGGUAAGCGCCAUAUUUGCAAGGAGUGUGGAACUAGUUUUCGGCGUAGGGAGCAUCUUGAUGCCCACAUGACUGCCCACAGCCAAGAUAGGCCAUUUUCCUGUGAGACCUGUGGCCGAGCUUUCAAAAGAAAUGAACAUCUGACCAGACACAGAGUUUUGCACUCGGGUGAUAAGCAGCAUGUUUGCUCUGACUGUGGUAAAUCCUUCUUCCGCAAAGACCAUUUGAUGAAGCAUUCUCAGACCCACAUUAUGAGAAAGCUCACAUCAGGUGAAGGCUGACAGAAGCCUUUGGAGGAUGGAUUACACUUCCUCCUGAAAGUUUAAUGCAAAUUAUUGCUUGCAGAAUAACAUUUCAUUUUAUUUGC